UGGACAGCAUUGGUUGGAAUCUCACAACGAUAUAUACCAGUUGGAGAAGUGACACUAUUUGCACAAUGAAGGUCUACAUAGCCAUGGUUGAGGAUAGCAAUAUUAUCCGCAAAGGAAAGGCGAGGAAAUGUCUGACAGUCAGUCUCCAGACCACAGAGAAGAACAAUUAAUAUCUCGAAUCAUAGGCACAAACACAAUUUACUUCUUUUUAUUGCAUAUAUAUGAGGCU